AUGGCAGCAGCUUCGACAGACUCGGGACAGGGCUCAUCCAAAAUAACUCCCGAAGUGCUGCAGGAGAUGCUCCAGUACUACAACCUGAGCCGCCAGGAGUUCAUCAACACCUACAACAUCCAGCCGCUUGUCUACAUCCCCGAGUUACCGUACAGCGCCAAGACCACCUUCGUCAUCAUGUAUGUGGUGAUUUUCGUCCUGGCUUUGGCUGGAAAUAGUUUGGUCAUCUACAUAGUUGUGAAGAAACGGGCUAUACAGACGGCGACGGAUAUUUUUAUUUGCUCUCUGGCCGUCAGCGACUUGCUCAUCACUUUCUUCUGCAUCCCUUUCACUUUGUUGCAGAAUAUCUCCUCUGAAUGGUUUGGCGGAGUUCUGGUUUGCAAGACUGUUCCCUUUGUGCAAACUACAGCCAUAGUAACAGGCAUCCUCACGAUGACCUGCAUCGCCAUUGAGAGAUACCAGGGCAUUGUUUUCCCGCUGAAAAUGAGGCGGCAGUACUCGUCCAAAAGAGCAUACAAGAUGCUAGGGCUUGUGUGGAUUGCCUCAGUGAUAGUGGGUUCACCAAUGCUAUUUGUGCAACAGCUAGAGGUGAAGUAUGACUUCUUGUAUGAUCACUACCAUGUGUGCUGUCAGGAGAGUUGGAGAUCUCUGACUUACAGGCAAGCGUACACCACCUUCAUCAUGGUGGCGCUUUUCUUGCUCCCUCUGGCAGCCAUGUUGUUCCUCUACACACGUAUUGGUAUUGAGUUAUGGAUCCGCAAGCGGGUGGGCGACGCUUCAGUUCUCAACACAAUGAACCACAGGGAGAUUGGUAAAAUCUCAAGGAAAAAGAAAAGAGCUGUUAAAAUGAUGGUCACCAUUGUUCUGCUCUUCACUAUUUGCUGGGCACCGUUCCACACUGUCCACAUGCUGUUUGAGUACAAUGAUCUGGAGAAGAAAUAUGAUGGAGUCACUCUUAACAUGAUCAUCGCUAUUGUUCAGGCCAUUGGGUUCUUUAACAGUUUCAACAACCCGAUCGUAUAUGCCUUCAUGAACGAGAACUUCAAGAAGAGCUGCGUCUCCACCCUCUCCCACUGCAUCCGCAAACCUAACCAGCAGGGUAGUGCUGCAGUGGCGCCAAGACUAAGCGUGCAGUACAUCAAACCCCAAAGCAGAGAAGCCUUCCUAAACCCAGAUGAAGGCAACAGCUCAGAGAAGCGUUCGGCAGAAAAGGGUGCUUCGUGUUCAUCCCAUGACGAGAGCUCCCUGGAAGUAAUAGGAGAAAAAAUCUCCACCAUCCAAACAGAGCUUCCUGCAACCAGCUCAUCUCAAGUCAAAUGAGAUUGGACGGGUUCAUAGGUUCAGGUACUCUUACUAUCAAACUCAAUCUUACCAUUUGCUGUCACCUGCUGGCACAUGGCAUCUGCAGCUGUGAGACUGUCAGAUGUGAUUUGAAGUCUCACACUAGUGGAUCAAAGACUCAAAAACCCAACAGCUCGACAGGUUUUCUCCGCAGCGCCAGGAGGCAGAGCAUGCAUGUUCAUUCCGGUCUCAUAGCAGCUUGAGAGGGACAUUAAGAAGAGGCAGCUUUACUGUAAAUAUAAGGAGCAACAGAGAUGCUGGUCAGACACUGAACAGCUGGUUGUUUUCCAAACUUAGAAAAAAACUGUGCUGUCUCUAUAAUCCACAUCAGUCAGCUUCUCUUGCUGAGUGCUUUAUGAUUUGUUGGAAGAAUCUGUGUCUUGCUUCAUCCAGAAUUAGCUCAAACAGUGUCUGUUGUUUUCUGCUGCAGCAGAAAUGAAAAUGUCAAUGUGUAAGACUUUACAGAGCCAUACUUUUAGCUGCAAAUUACAGGAUCUGGUUUUACUGCACUACUAGCUUUGCAUUUGUUCAAUUCACCAUGAAACUCACUUUAAUUUUAGUCAAUGCAACUGAAAACUUUCAUUUAUAAUGCAGAGAGGCGUGUUUUCAGAGCAAUUAUGGGCUAGAGCUUUUCUUUCAGUUAUACUCCUUUUAAUUUAGCAAACAUUGCUUGAGUUUAAAUUAAAAAUGUUGCAAACUUUGCAAUGGACCUGAAUGUACUUUCUCCAGAAAAGUGCUUCUAACUCACCAGACAACCUGAUCAGAUUACUGAAUGUGAAAAGGCUUAAAAUGUUGCCAAUUAUUGUUUAUUGCUCGUUUUACCCUUCUCUGUUCCCCACAUAGAAGCAGCUUAUUGAUACUCUACAGGACAGGGGCGGAGCUAAGAUAUGGCCAGGGGUGGCCAUGUUCACCUCAUGAAGAACUAGAGCUGCAUUUAAAAUCUAGAAUUAUAUUUUCUCAUUGCAUCUAUGAAACGUUAUUUUCAUAAUACUUUUAAUACAAAGCGAAUGUCUAAAAUUACUUUAAAGAAUAUAAAGAAAAAACAAAAUAGAAACAAAGAGAAACAAUGAAACGAUACUUGACCAACAAUAUCUUCACCUGUUCACACUGUGAAGUGCAGCAGCAACUGCACUCAACAGCAGUUUCUUCUUUCCUUCCAGAUGUUAGCGUUUGUUUUGCACAACUCAUCUGUUUGCCAGAAUGCACAAAGAUAACAUUGUUUAUGUCUCUGAAAUAGUUUAUCAUUUUGAGAUCUCGAAAAUGUUUUAUUAUGCACUACAGUGAGGUUAAAGUCUCAAAAAUAAAGCUGUAAAGGUGUGCAUUUUGUCACUGCUUUGUCUUGUUUUUGCUUUUUUCUUUUGUUGUUGUUGGUUUUCUUAAAAACUCACAACUCACGCUAUUGCAGAUUUGGCUGUACUUUUAAGUGUACAUAGAAGUCCUUGAAAGUCAUUGUCUUUACCACCUGAUCCAUUAUAACUGCUAUAAUGUUAUUAGAGAGAUGGCCUCUUUGCUGCCAUCCACAACCUCUCCCUCUGUGAGGCACUUUAACUCCCAAGUAACAACAUUAUCAAUAACCCAUUCACUGCAAAUCAAUAUUAAAAAAAGGGUUCUAAGUGAUCGCCUUUGUCCUGUAAUGAAACGUUUCUCCCUUGAUUGGAGUGGUCUCUUCCAGGAUAGAAAAGCCUCAGUCAACUGGGCCCAGUGGGUCACUGAAAUGUAUAUUUAAAAAAGCAUAAAAUUGAGAACAGUGAUAUUAAAUGGCUUCAAAAGUCAUUGGGUCUCAACCCAGGCAAAAUCCUAUUAGACAUUUGGAACCAAUUUUGUUAGACAGCACUUUCAGAAACGUUAAUGAAAACAUCAGGAUGGAAUCAUUUUUGGAAGAUUGAUAUUUUAUCCCUCUUGUAAGAUUCCACAAACUUAAUCAAUUCCAAGAAGCACUGGCAUUGUAUUUGUUCUUCUGUGACUAGGCAUUAAAUUGAAUUUGUUUCUAAACAUUGGAAAUAGUUUGAAAAUGAUUACUUAGACAUUUCCUAAAUUUGCUGCAGGCCCACUUCUUUGCUGGUUGUGAUUGGGUGAAACCUGCAUUUAGGGAGUAUAAAUUGUGCAGUCAGGUGCUUUUGUGUGCAACACUGCAAAUGUCUUCAGUAAUUGUUCUUGUGUUGACUUAGAAUGAGCAUAAUCAAUAUUAAACUAUGAAUGUAAACAACUGAACAACAUUCACCAUCAUAAGACAAAUCAAAUCACUGGUUUUGAAGUUACUUUAGUUGCACAAGGAAGCUUUAUUUAUGUGCAUACAUUUGACCUUGAAUAUUCCACACAGACAAGUUGAUUUAACGUUAAAAUGUGUUUGCUUUAAUGUUCUGUACCUUAUCUUUGUAAUGCUGGUUUUAACAAGU